CUUCUAAGAGUUUGUGUGUACUCAAUUUGAUUUUGUGUACGUACGUAAAAGAAAUUAUGAUUUUCCAAAAACGGUAUAAACCGUAUUUAAAAAUUGAGUCAUUCAGCUGAAAACAAACAUCCACUUUUAUUAGUUGUUUACAAAGGUGUUUCUCAGAAAACUAAUCUAUACCAUAUUGAAAGCAAGAGGAUGUAAUUGGAUGAAAAAAUAAUAUAUGCAUGGAUUUGCACUUGGGUAUAAGAUGAAGACUAAUUUAUUAUAGGAUGUAACUGGAUUUACAAUUUUCUGAAUGAAAUAAAUCAACAUAAAGUUGGAUCAGAAUUAAACAACAUAAAGUAGGAUUAAGUUGCCCUAAAAAUAUUAGGAUCUAAUUAUAAAAGCCAAUAAAAUUACAAAUAUGUGUCAUCAAAAUAUAAAUUUUUAGAUAAGUUUGUCUGAUACAAAUUUUAAUUUGUGCCAAUUAAUUGACCCGGUGGAAUAUUUAUAAUUGUCUCACAAUCCUUAAUUAAUAUACAUAAUAAAGUAUAUAAUUGUCUCCAUAAUGAAUUCGACUAUCCCCAUCAGUGACUUUCCCUCAACCCAACCCUCAAUUAAAAUAUGUAUUUCUCUCUCCUUAAAAUACACAACCCAACUUUGUCUUAUUUCUACUCCCAUCGGUGACAUUCACAUGACCUAAUUAUUUUUCUAUUUUAUAGUAUAAAAUUAAAAGAUAUAUUAAUAUAUAAUUAAAUGGCACCAAUAAAAGAGUGCCACAUGGCGAUGCCAUUCUCAUGACAUUGGGUUAGUUAGCCAACCAAAGUCACACAAAAUUAUAUAUUUUUGAUUUAUUUUACAAUUAUAAGUUUUUGUCUUUUCCCAUGACUUUGGUGACAAAGUCACCAAUGGGAACAACUGAGAUUUUUCGAAAAUGCCACCACGUGCUCGAAAUGAUUUUGCCAUGUCGUGACAAUUUUGCGUCUCUAUAAAUAGAUACACUUUGCAAAACCUUCAUGCACAGCCUCUUCAUUUCUCAAUCCCAAAAUUAAAAAUAUGGCUUCAUUUCUAGCCGUUGUGGCGCUGGUUUUGAGCCUGUUUGCUAACGUGUGCCAUGGGGGAAUCACAAGUCGUUUUGUGAGGAAACUCGAAGAGAGCGUCGAUAUGCCUUUAACAAGCGACGUUUUUCGUGUGCCUCCGGGCUAUAAUGCGCCCCAACAGGUUCAUUUAACACAAGGAGACCAUGUCGGAAAAGCCGUUAUUGUAUCUUGGGUGACGACUGCGGAGCCCGGUUCGAAUGUAGUGAGGUAUUGGAGUGAGAAGAGCCCUAGUCACAAACUAACGGCCAAGGGAACUUUCACAACCUACAAAUACUAUACCUACAAAUCUGGUUACAUCCAUCAUUGUACCGUAGCAAAUUUGGAGUACAACACGAAAUACUACUACCAAGUGGGCAUCGGCCACACGGUGCGGACUUUCUGGUUCAAGACUCCUCCCCCCGUUGGUCCCGAUGUUCCCUACACAUUUGGUCUUAUAGGGGAUUUGGGGCAGACAUAUGACUCGAACUCGACGUUAAGUCAUUACGAGUCGAACCCGGGCAAAGGGGAAGCAGUUUUGUUUGUUGGAGAUUUGUCGUACGCAGACAAGUAUCCGAAUCACGACAACAAUAGGUGGGAUACAUGGGGAAGAUUUGUAGAGAGAAAGAAUGCUUAUCAACCCUGGAUUUGGACAGCAGGCAAUCAUGAUAUUGAUUUCGCACCUGAAAUUGGUGAGGAAGAAACAUUCAAGCCAUUCAAACAACGGUACCCAACACCGUAUAGAGCAUCAAACAGUAGCUCACCACUCUGGUACUCAAUCAAAAGAGCUUCCGCGUAUAUCAUUGUGCUCUCUUCUUACUCCGCAUGCGGCAAGUACAGUCCACAGUAUAAAUGGCUGGAGCAGGAGCUUGAAAAAGUGGAGAGGAAGGAGACGCCAUGGCUGAUUGUGAUGGCCCACGCCCCAAUGUAUAACAGCUACAAUUAUCACUAUAUGGAAGCUGAAACCAUGAGAGUUGUCUAUGAGCCCUGGUUUGUUAAAUACAAAGUUGAUAUUGUCUUUGCUGGCCAUGUCCAUGCCUACGAACGAUAUAAGCGGAUAUCGAAUGUUGAUUACCAGAUUGUGAAGGGAGAGUGCAGGCCCAAAACUGACCCCUCGGCUCCUGUGUAUGUUACAAUUGGCGAUGGAGGAAAUAUUGAGGGCUUAACAAACGAUGUGACAGUGCCGCAACCAGAAUAUUCGGCCUUUCGAGAGUCGAGUUACGGACAUGCGAUUUUAGACAUCAAGAACAAAACGCAUGCUUAUUACAGCUGGCAUCGAAACGACGACGGAUUUGCCGUGAAAGCUGAUUCGAUGUGGCUCCGCAAUCGUUACUGGGAUCCCGUGGAUGAAUCGGAUUCCCUUUGAUCGAUUAAAUCGUGCUUUAUUUUAUGUUCUUUUUAAUGUGUAAUUUUUUUUCCUUUUCUUUUAAAUGUUGUUGGUAGUAUUUUGAACAAUGAAGGAAAAUAAGUUUUUUUUUCGCUCUUCUCAAAACGUUUUUGGGAGAGGGAAAAGAAUAAGUGUUGGAUUUUUUCAGAUUUUGCAACUUUUACUCUCUUUGUUUGGCGGCAUGAGUUGUAUAUAAAUGAUUUAAUAAUUGUGUUUAUUA